GUCUAAUCGAUCGACCUCCAACCGCGACGCGACGACGAGCGGCCCACUUGUCUUUGAACGUUACCACUCACGACCGAAUCCUCGCCAACAUGUCUGCCGAUGAUCAGGAUGAGCUCAAGCCUUCCAUGACGCCAGGCUACAAGCUUGGCCAGGCGAAGUCAGCCGACGAGUAUGCCAAGAUGGACGCCGAGGACGAGUCUCUUGCGCGGUGGAAGGCUUCUUUGGGCAUCGUUCCCGGUGUUGCUGGCGAUGCCUCCGGGCCCAAGGUUACGGUUCUGACCCUCGAGCUGAUGUCUCCGACUCUGCCAGCUGGCAAGGCCAUCUCCUUUGAUCUCAGCAACCCCGCCCGAGUCGCCGAGUUGAAGAAGACGCCCAUCACCAUCAAGGAAGGCGUCGAGUACAAUGUUCGCAUCCAGUUCAAGGUCAACCACUCCAUUAUCUCCGGUGUCCGCUAUAUGCAGGUCGUGAAGCGCGCGGGUGUGCGAGUGGACAAGAUGGAGCAGAUGCUGGGCUCGUACGGCCCAAGUCCUGAGGGCAAGCCGUACACGAAGGAUUUCGACCCCGAGGAGUCGCCUUCGGGUAUGCUUGCGCGCUCCGGCACCUACAAUGUACGGAGUCGCGUCGUCGACGAUGACGGCGAAGUCUACGCAGACUGGGAGUGGCAGUUCAAGCUCGCGAAGGACUGGUGAUUGGGUCGCCAGUUCCGUUUCCUUUCUUCAGGGCUUCAUAUGAUAUCUCGUCGCGCAUGCAUCACCUCCGCCACCCUUCCAAUAAAUGUAUACAUAUUUCCGAUUCACCAAAUGGAUGUUUUCUCGCUUAUGGGCUGCGUGUUGCUGUUGAUAAAAUGUAAUCCGACAGCAGGAUAUGUCUUCGUGCCAACGUGUUGUUGGGUGAUAGCAUGUCUUGAACGAGCGCUCAGCAGAGACAAGUGAAUUUAGGGUAUCUAUGCUCUUGGGGCAUACGAGCAACUUG